AUGAAUGACGGUAUGAUACUUCAAACUCAAUUUGGAUCCUCUCGUAAUGUUGAUCCAACUAUUGUUUCUAUACCAUCUGUUACAUCACUACCAUCAUUAGUACCAAAAAAGAAAAAAUAUUUUUAUCAAUAUGUACUUUUUGGUAUAAUUUGUCUUUUUUUGCUCGUUAUUCUUAUUCUGGCAGCUAUAAUUGUUUCAAAAAUUGAUUCAUAUUCUGCAAUACGGAUUGAAUCAUCAUCAUCAUCAACAACAACAACAACACCAAUUACUAAUCAACCAUCGAAAAAAAAUCAAUCAUCUUCAUUAGUUGAUUCAAUUACACUGGAACAUAUGCUUAUUCAUCUUCGUCAAUUUCAAAGUCGUGCUAUAGGAACAAUGUCAUUUAAUCGAACAAUCGAUUAUCUUACAUCACAAUUAAAUACAGAAAACAAUUUUAUUGUUGAAAAAUAUUAUUUUUCUGUUCCUCGUACUGAACUCGCUGAGUAUCCAAUUCUUAUAGCUUUCCCUAAUAAAUCCAAUGCAUCCAUAUUUACAUAUCCAAAAGAUUUUGUACCUAUGGAUCGAUCAGCUGAAGCUCGAAAUUGGUCAUUUAUUAAUGGUCGACCAUUGUCUGUUGUUGCACGUUUAGGCUGUUAUUUGAAGGAUUGGAAUACGACUAAAGAAGGUGAUGUAGCUUUAGUUCGACGAGGUAAUUGUACAUUUACAGAUAAAAUUCUUUUGGCAAUGAAUAAACGAGUUAGUGCAUUUCUUGUUUAUAAUGAUGGACUAACAAUGGAACGUCUUGAACCAUUAAAUAAUAUUCGAGCACCAAGAAAUAAUACUUUGCCAGCAUUAUUUCUUUCAUAUGCAGCAGGCAUGCAUCUUAUUCUGGAAAAUACUUCUCGUAUUUAUAUGCGAUUAGAAUUUCGAUCACUACCACCGACUAUUGUAACUAAUGUAUGUGCAGAUACAAAAGUAGGCGAUUCAAAUCGAACAAUUGUUGUUGGUAGUCAUAGUGAUAGUGUAUCGACAGGUCCUGGUCUAAAUGAUAAUGGAAGUGGCAUGGCAGCUACAUUAGCCAUUGCAUUGAAUUUAGUUCGUUUACUUGUUCAUUCAAAUUAUGCAACAAAUAUGCGUUCACGUAUUAAAUUUUGUUGGUGGGGUGGCGAAGAAGCUGGUCUAUUAGGUUCAACAGAUUUUGUACGACGAGCAAAAAUAGAUGGUUCACUUGGAUUGUAUUCUGUAAAUCUUAAUUUUGAUAUGUUAGCAUCACCAAAUUUUUUUUUCGGUAUUUAUGAUGGUAAGACGGCAAAUAAUGAAACAACACCAGCACGUGCUCUACCUGGUAGUAAUCGAAUAACACGUUUAUUUAUUGAUUAUUUUGAACAAAAUCGUUUACCGUGGGAUUAUACAGAGUUUGAUGGUCGAAGUGAUUAUGGUCCAUUUCUUGCUGAAGGUAUAGCUUGUGGUGGUUUGUUUGCUGGUGCUGACGAUACUAAAACUCAAGAACAACGUGAUCGAUAUUUAAAAAUGUUAGGUUCAACAUUAGGUGGAAUGGCAAAUACAAAUCAUGAUCCAUGUUAUCAUGGAAAAUGUGAUACAUUAGAAAAUCUUAAUACAUUUGCUUAUUUACAUAUGGUUAAAGCUGCCGCCCAUGCUAUUGAUUUUCUUGCACAACUUCAAGAUCUUAAUCAAUGGCUUUAUCCCUAG